CAAAUAGCGACCGGGACCCGCAGGUUUCGUUUGAGAUCCCGCUGUUCCCACGUCCCGCCGCUGCUGAGACGCUCAGGUUUGAAACAUGAAUUUCUACCUGUGUUUAGCUUCCCUGUGCUUGGGGAUAGUAGCUGCUGCUCCACAGCUUGACUACACUUUAGAUGAUAAAUGGCAACAAUGGAAGACACAACACAGAAGGACCUAUGCAGUGGAUGAAGAUAGUUGGAGGAGAGCAACAUGGGAGAAGAAUUUGAGAAUGAUUGAAAUGCACAAUCUGGAGUAUAGUGCUGGCAAACAUAGUUUCCUAAUGGGAAUGAACAAAUUUGGUGAUAUGACCAAUGAAGAAUUCAGGCAAAUGAUGAAUGGCUUUAGACAAAAGGGAUUUGAAACAAAGCCCAAAGGAACUCUGUUUCGUGAGCCUCUCCUUUUAGAGACCCCUAAAUCUGUAGACUGGAGAGAAAAAGGCUAUGUAACUCCUGUUAAGAAUCAGGGUCAGUGUGGUUCCUGUUGGGCAUUUAGUGCAACUGGUUCCCUGGAAGGUCAGUGGUUCCAUAAAACAGGACAACUUGUUUCACUUAGUGAGCAGAAUUUGGUUGACUGUUCUACAGCUGAAGGCAAUGAAGGUUGUAAUGGUGGCUGGAUGGAUCAAGCCUUUGAAUAUGUGAAGGAAAAUGGAGGCAUUGAUACAGAGGAAUCAUACCCCUAUGAGGCAACGGAUAGCACUUGUCGGUACAAGCCACAAUCCUCUGUUGCUAAUGUCACAGGAUUUGUGGACAUUCCAAAGGGGAAGGAGGAGGCACUCGAAAAGGCUGUGGCAACUGUGGGUCCCAUCUCUGUUGCAAUUGAUGCAGGACAUUUCUCUUUCCAGUUCUAUCACUCUGGUAUUUAUUAUGAACCACAAUGCAGUAGUGAACAACUAGAUCAUGGCGUGCUGGUUGUGGGCUAUGGUGUCGAGGGGAAAAAUGGAAAGAAAUACUGGAUUGUCAAGAACAGCUGGGGUAAGAAUUGGGGUAAACAAGGUUACAUUUUAAUGACCAAAGACAAAAAAAACCACUGUGGAAUAGCAACAGAAGCCAGCUAUCCUCAAGUAUGACUGGACUGAAGGAGGACUGCUUCACAGAAAGAAGUGAUCUGACCUGUGUAUCAUUUGGGAUAAAACACCUCUUUCACUCAGGGAAACCUAGUAAUAAUUUGGGUUUCUUGUGAUAUUUUUACAUUUGUGAAAUGUGAACACUACUUCGUUAUAAA